UAUUUCAGGAAUGAGCAGUCAAAUCUAACUGCUACAAACACAACACCAAGACAGUACGAACUAUCUACAUAUGGAACGGGCGUUUUUGGGGCGCCGAUUGCAAAAUAUUGGCUUUACAAAUAUGGAAGGGACUGGAAACGUUUGUAAGCCACCGAAAAGAAUAAUGGUUUGGGGUUUGUGCAAGGGAGAAGAUGUUUUUUUCUAAUGUCUGCAGUUGCAUGCAAGAAUUCAGAGCGUUUGUUCCUAUGUGUGUAUUGCGUCAUGGUUUCCGACGGCAAGUUCGCAUACUCGCACGGAAGUACCGCCUUUUGCAGAUUUUUCAUGUUGAUAGGCUACUGACGUGGGUAAUUGGCUUUCUAUUAUCGCUUUUAAGUGAGAAGUGAACUAAUUUAUUCACUGUCUCUUUCCAGGGUCGUAAGUUUAGGCUCAAUCUUAGCACGGCUGUUAUUCACUUCCGCAAUAAAUGACAUGCUUAUACUACAUCGAAGUGGAAAUAUCAUGGAAUGUUGAGCAAUUUGCCUUUUUUUGUCAUAAAACCAGCCAAAUAACCAGGAUGUUAAGUUUCCUUUAUAAGAAAACUGUGUUUUGGCUUAUGUUGUAACAAUACCAGCUUUGUCAUCAUGUUUUCUCUUGCCUCAAAUGCUAUCAACUUGGCAUAGUGCUAUAGUGCGUGGCAAAUAACAUUAUUACAUUAGCAUGUUAUAAAUAGAAGCAUUCUAUGAGGUGAAAAGGGAAUUCUUCCACAGGCCGUUCAUCUGUUCAUUAGACGUUGAUGUUCACUGUCGCUCGUGUUGUUUAAUGUUGUCUGUGAAAAUACCAAUUAAAUGGUACGACAUGUCGAAUCAAACACAAUGGGAAUUCUUUGUUUUAUGAUUUUGUUUUCCCUCGAGUAUGAUUGGCGUUCGUUAAGCCCCAGAGAAUUACACGACCGAAAACAAUUCGUUGCAACUUUAGUGAUUGUAUUUCGCAAUAAACUGCAAAAGACAGACUAUCAAAUGCUAAUCCGGUCAAUUGCGAACGGAAAAACGUUAACUAAAACACAUCGCUUAUCCCUUUCUAGCCAAAAUUCUACAAUUUAAGUAAGAAGGCACUCAAAAUUUGGACGUCAAUAUUCCGAAUUAAGAUCUGCAUAAGUCAAAGGUAAAUAUAGUCUACGUCUGUUUAGACAAUCUUUUCAUACUAAUGCCCAAUAAAUUACAUUUCUCUUGCAGAUCUGUGCUGAUUUAUUAAUUUUAGCAGCAAAUGUUGACAAAUUGCUAAGUCUCUCACAAGGCAUAAUUAGAAGGUUGUUACUGAUUGGUCUCCUGUCUACUAAUCAAGCUACUCGGUUUGUACAACCAAAUUGUGUAUAUCUUUAGAAAGUUCUCAAGUAGAUUUUCGGAAGGGGAAGAAUUUUCUAAAUGGCCCUUCGUAUUCGAUCAAAUAGUUUGGAAUUUGGGCGGACUGUGUGCGCGGCCCCAAGUACAGCGCAGGUGUCACUUUAACACAGGAAGUGCCUUCUCUUUGGGAUGCAACCGAACAAAACAAAAAUCAACAAUGGAUGACAAUCACACCACUUCCAGCCAAUCAUGGGCGCGCUGCUAUGAAAACCAUUUUAGAGCAGCAUCAUUGAAAUUGAACGCAGAUCUGGUUGUCAGAAAGAUGUUGAACGCACAGCAAUUGGAAAGGAGCGAACUAGGGCUGCUCACUAGUUUUAAUCCAACCUAAAUAUUGUCAUCUGGCUGGUAAUUACAAUUGGCUCGACAUGAGGCUGCACUUGUUCUUGUUCUAUCCUCUUGCGUUUGCCCUUGUGCUUUUCCAGUUUUCGUUGGAUUUUGCUAACUCAUGCUCGUCAAGACCAAGUUUGAGUAGGAGAGGCAGAAGGCCACUUUAUUUCAAGCAGAGAGUUCCAGACGUCGACGAAUUUUCAUUGGGAGCUAGUGGGAGACCACAGGGCAAAAUUACAAGAAAUUCUUCGAAAUUCAACAAGCUUGUGGCUUGCUAUAACACUGAUAUCGUUUUCAAAGACGAAGAGAGAACCGGUGCCGAUCGCCUCAUGAGCAAGCGAUGUCGAGAGAAGUUGAGGAACCUCGCGACGAAAGUGAAGCAGAAAUGGAAGGGCGUAAAAUUACGUGUAACAGAAGCAUGGGACGAAGACGGGCAACAUUCUCUUGAUUCACUUCAUUACGAAGGCAGAGCUGUUGAUAUAAGUACCUCAGAUAAAGACCCUAAAAAGUUGCCGGACCUUGGGAGUUUGGCGGUUGAUGCCGGAUUCGACUGGGUCUAUUACGACCGGAGAAGUAGUAUUCACGCUUCAGUUCGCUCAGAUGAUGACCGUAAAGAUAGCUGGGGGAGCUGCUUUCAUUCUGAAGCUUUGGUAACUAUUGAAAAUGGCGAACGAAUCGCGAUCAAGGAUCUUAAAACGGGACAAAGGGUGCAAUCUAUGGAUGAAACAGGCCGACUUCUGUAUAGCGAGGUUCUCAUAUUCCUCGACUACAAGCCGUGGCUUUCAAAAGUUCCUUUUACAAUCAUCGAAACGGACGUAGCUAACCUAGCGCUUACUCGUAAUCACCUGAUUUUUGUGAUGAAACGCAACAGUUCUACUAUUUACGAUGCAAGUGCUAAGCUUGCUCAGUUUGUGACGCCCGGAGACUAUGUACUUGUGAACUCCAAAGGCAAACUACAUCCUUCUAGAGUGAUGUCCGUUCGGAUCGAGCAUAAACUUGGCGCAGUCGCACCCCUGACUGCGCAGGGAACUAUAAUAGUAGACGGAGUUGUGGCCUCGUGUUAUUCCGAAGUCACGAGUCAUACCAUCUCGCAUCUGGCGUUCAGUCCGUUGCGCGGACUUCGUUAUUGGUUGCCGAGCGUGUUUAGUUGGUUACACGAAGGAAUUACCCCGGCAGGCGUGCACUGGUUCCCGCGUUUUCUGAUCUCACUGAACCAAAUCGUGAGGAUUGCGGAGUUUGCGUGAGUAUACCAAGAAAGGCCUAGUGUUUGGAGUGUAGCUGGCAGUGGGGCGUUCUUCUUGGAUCCCGCCCGAAAAACUCGAAGUAAAAAGUCAAAGAGAACACCUAUGCCAACCAAGAAUUCUGUAUGUGGUUUCUGUUUAAUCACAUUAACGCCAAAUCGAAUUUGUUUAUCUAUUAAUCAGUAAAAUAACGUAACCAUCAAUAGAAGGGAAAACGAGAGGAAAUAAUUUCAAUUACACAUCUCGACCAAGAACCUCGUCGACCAAGACCCAAUUCACGCUUUUAGUGUUAGAAAUCAGUUGGUGCGAUAGGAAAGUUCGAGUGAAGGGCGCGCUAGCCUCGCUGGCGACUUGCGGGAGGUAGAGGGCGGUAGAUUAGUGCCCACAUUCGCAAAUCCUUUCGAGCGUUUCUUUGUAAAAUUGAUUGUUUUUCUGACUAAUCUAUAGGUUUCUCUUAAAGUUUGAGUCGGAUCAAUGGUGUGUGGGAGAGGAGGAUUCGAUCUCUUCCGCAGUUCAAAAAUUUCGUCACGGUCACGGGGAAGAAGGUUUUCAUUCAAUAGUUCCCUCAUGUAUAAAAGGAUAUGCUUUCGUGCGUGAGCAAUUAUCCUGAAAACCUAUGGAAAUAGUAGAUACAAUGUAGGUAUUAUAAGAAUACACAAGUUGAUAAAUCAAAAAGUAUAAUCAUUGGCAAUUAAACGCUAUCUACAUACUUGGCUCUACCAUAGCCAUGAUGGCAGACGAAUGGAUCUCAAAGCAAACACAGACUUGAAAUUCUAAUUAGAGUUUUUAGCUUGGCGUGUUGGCUUAUCCAACGUCUCAAUUAUAAGCAAACGGAGCCAUUCAACAAAGGCCUUCUUGAAGGAGGGCAAAACUGACUGCAUAAAUGGCUGACUUCUGCUGUUUAAUUCUGUGUAUAUUCAAAACAAAAGCAAAGGCUUUUCGAAGUGUACCAUAUAUCUAGCUUAAUUUAUUAAAUGACUUCCCAAAAGUGGACUUGAUUUUGUAAGGAUUAUCUUGUAGGGAGACCGAAAAGAUUAAAGAAACAUUCCCAUGGAUGAUUUAUCCUUGAGAGCGCCAGAACUACUGGCAUCACAAAGCACAGGAAACUCCUAUUUACCUGGCUGUCACACGGCGCGUCUGUGCGCGACUGCCGGUGCAGCCCACGUUAGUUUUUCUCGAUCCGUUCUUUUGGCGGAAGCGCGCACAAAUAAUAUGGCAUAGGAAAAAGCAUAACUCGUACUCAAUUUUAGGGGAGAGUCUAGAAGGAAUUCUAGUCACAGGAAUUCCGCAUUAAUUUUAAAUCUAUUAUAUAUUCUGGAGUUCUUUGAGGACGCUUGAUAGGCGGGCCUUCUUUGAGUAGCUGGAGUUGUUUACAGCUCAAAAUUAAUUUGUAUAUUACAAUAAGAAAACGGAAUACUUUAUUGUUAUUUCGGGUAGAGAUUAUUAAAAGAUUUUCUUGAACAUGUAUGUAGGAAUAGUGCAGGCACUGUUAUUUUGUCAAUAAAAUAACCACAAUUUUGAAA